AUGAGUGGAAAGGAAGUUCAUGAGCUAUUGACAGAACCGAUAACCUGUCAUUGUUGGAAUGGUGAUCGUACAAAACUGGCCAUUUCUCCUAACAACAAUGAGAUACAUAUUUAUACCAAAAAAGCCGGUAAAUGGGAAGUUGAACAUAAACUGACAGAACACACCUCUCGAGUAACAGGCAUUGAUUGGGCACCAAAAAGUGGCAGUCUAGUCACUUGUGCAGCUGAUCGUAAUGCGUAUGUGUGGAAAUUUGAAGGUGGGGCUUGGAAACCUGUUCUUGUUAUCUUACGUAUCAAUCGUGCUGCCACAAUUGUCAAGUGGUCACCAUUGGAGAACAAAUUUGCAGUUGGAAGUGGUGCCCGCAUCAUUUCUGUUUGUUACUUUGAUAAAGAUAAUGACUGGUGGGUAAGUAAACACAUCAAAAAGCCAUUACGUUCCACUGUGACGUCUUUGGAUUGGCAUCCUAAUAAUUACCUGAUUGCUGCAGGUUGUUCUGAUUUUAAAGCGCGUGUUUUUUCAACUUACGUAAAGGAGAUUGAGGAGAAACCAAAUGAGACUGUUUGGGGUAAGAAAAUGCCAUUUGGAAAUGUUAUGGCAGAAUUCUCCAAUGGAGGAGGUGGUUGGGUACAUGGGGUAUCUUUCUCUCCUUCUGGAAACAAGCUAGCUUGGGUGGGUCACGACUCCAGUGUCUCUGUUGUUAAUAUGGCAGCUGGUGGAGCUGACUCGGUAGCUAUUGUUAAGCAUCAAUAUCUCCCAUAUCUUGCUUGUCAGUUCAUAACUGAGAACAGUAUUGUUACCGGAGGUUAUGACUGCUAUCCUGUUCUCUGGAGCCAUGAUGAUAACAAUCAGCUUACAUUUAUCAACCGUUUAGAUCAGGCAGAGAAAAAGACAACUGGACAGCUAUCUGCUAUGGAAAAAUUCAAGGGAAUGGAUAAACGUGCAACAGCUGGAGCCUCUGACACUGCUCUUGAUGCUACACACCAAAACUCAAUUACUCAAAUUUCUAAAUUUGAAGUUGAUAGAUCUGGUAAUACCAACAAGUUUUGUACUAGUGGAGUUGAUGGCCGACUUGUCAUAUGGAAUUGCAAGUCAUUGGAAUCUCAGAUUGCUGGUCUUCGAUUUUAA